AUGGACAACCAGUCCCAGACCGUCCAGACAUGGUCUCUCAAAACCACUAUUGAAGAAGCUCGAACGAAGCCGAAUUUCCGCAGCUAUGUGCUUUCGAAAAGCAGUGGCAAGACUAUCUUGGCUCUGCAUCCGAUUGCUUUUGAUUUCUUGCAGGAAAGUCUCGUGCAUCAAGAGCGAGCAGAGUUGGCUAGCAAAAUCGACGCCGACAUAUGCUCUGCAAAGCCGAAGACCAAACAGGCAGCUGUUUCAUUCGCCCUGGAGGAGUCAAUCAAGCGGUUAUGUCGUUUAGGUGUGGUAAAGAAGGUAAAGAAGGAUGUUGCUACGAACAUUGAGCCUUCUCCGCCUAGCCAGCCAAAAUCCGCAGAGACGAGCGAUGUGUUGGACGGGAAGAAAACUGGUGCUAUCGGUUCACCUAUUAGUGUUACUAACAGUAAGCCUUCUGAGCCAGGUCAGGCUAUGCCAGUAAGAACAAAGGUGUUGGAUGAGAACAAACCCAGUGUCAACGAUACAUCGACCAGUGUCCCGCGGAUAACUGCCGGGCCAUCGAAGUAUAGCCGGUCCAAAUCGGUAGAAAAGAGCACUCUAUUAGAGGGCAACAAAGUCUGUCACAUCGGUACGCAGACUAGUGUCACGACGAUAGCUGCCGAACCGUCAAAGAAUAGGCCACCAAACACGGCGCAAAUCGAGGGACGCCAUGGACUCCGCGCACGAGGUGGGCCGCCAACUACCACUCUAGAGGCCUUUUUAUAUCGAUACGACACAUUCACACGACUGGCAAAGAGAGCAGCCGAUCCAUAUCACAAGACACACAUGAAAGGCCCCAAGGCCAGUCACUCGCGACGGGUAAGGUUCAGUCCUAACGUCAGAUACGAAGAAUACGACCAAGAUAGUCCAGCAAGUACCUCCGAUGUAGCCACCAGUGCCAAACCACCAUGCGACACCGACCAUGAGGCUGAUUCAUCGCCCAAGCCUUUAGUUCUGCUCUCAUUAUACGACGUGCCAGAAGCUCCCAAGUCCAUUCCCGAGGAGCAACUCAUUCGAUGCGUCGACGAGGUCAUGGCGCAAGGAGCUUUUGGUAUCGAUGAGUUGGAUGCCCAGGUUCUCUACAUCCAACGCGGUAUUCCAUAUGGCGACCGUGCAUACCAGUGCGCUUGGGUGAAGGAAGCGCAAGAAUCGCUCACCCAAGCUUAUGCCGCGGUAGACGAUGCUUGCCAGAAUGUAUACCCUGAUAGUCGUUGUUUGAAGCGGGAUCCUGUUAUGAAGGCUGUCGUAGCUAUCGCACGGGCGCAAAGACUUCUUGAGCUUGCGUUGCUGCGCGUGAAUGGCCCGGCGUAUAGCAAGGCGUAUCUGACUGCGUAUGGGCGUGGUUGA